CUGGUUGUCAUAAGUGUCAGACAGAGAGUAUAUUUUGUUUGGGGAAGAGCUCAAAAGUCUAAUUAUAUUAUUAAUUUAUUUUGUUUUAAUAAAUACUGAAUAAAAACCUAUAAGAAUCCAUAUAACUUACGUUCACGCCUACCUUUAUCAUUACUUAUAAAUAACACUAUCAGAAAUGGAGAAGUCGAAGCUAUGUCGUGUUUGUCUGAUGAAAACAGCAACUACACCUUUAUUCAAUGCUAAUGUUGAUAUUCAGUUGAGCAUCAAGAUGAUGCGGCUAGUCAACGUUGUGGUGGUUGAGGGUGACGGACUGCCUGAUAGUAUAUGCGACGGCUGUGCGAGUGAACUGUCUGCAGCGUACGACUUUGUCAUUAAAUGUGAGGCCUCAGACAAGGCUUUCCGAACAAGCUUUUCUAAAAUAUAUGAAGAUGUAGUGCCUGAACCAGAAUUUCAGGUUAAGGUAGAAAAUAUUAAAGAAGAAAGUGAAAUUGAUGAUCAGGAUCAUUUUGACAAUUUCAUAUUGGACAACACUUGUGAUAGCCAAAAUGAUCAUAAAGUUAAAAGAAAAUAUAACAAGUCGAAAAAGUACCAAGUAAGCAUUGAUCGUCGGAAGUUAAGGCCUAAACUAGGGCCAGUAAGUUGCAGUGUGUGUGGACAAAUGGCCACAUGUCGGUCAGCCUUAGAGAGUCACAUGAGAACUCAUACUGGAGAGAAACCUUUUGCAUGUGACUACUGUGGGGCAAGGUUUAACCUCAAGGGAACUCUCAAGAGACAUUCAAUUACACACCACACACAGAGGGAGAGGAAAUUUAUUUGUGAAACUUGUGGUAGCAGCUUCUUCACAAAGAAUGACAUCAUAACACACAUGCGAGUUCAUACUGAUGAGAGGCCUUACCCCUGUCCUUUCUGUGACAAAGCUUUCCGACAGAUAGCGUCCUUGAUACGCCACAAGAGAAUGCACACUGGUGAAAAACCAUACUCCUGUAAUAUAUGCUUCAAGAAGUUCAAAGACACCGGCCACAUGAAGAGACAUCUGUACGUGCACUCUGACGAGAAGAACUUCACUUGUCACGUGUGCAAUAAAUCUGUGAAAACUAAAAAUGCUCUAAAAGCACAUAUGCAGACACACUCAAAUGAAAAAAACAACAUUUGCAAUUACUGUGGCAUGGCAUUCUCAUUUAAAGGCAAUCUACAAGUUCAUAUCAAAAGAAUGCACUCCGAGAGAUCAGGCCACUGCACUGUCUGUUUGAAGACAUUCUCUGACUUACAGGCUCACAUGAGGAAACAUACCGGAGAGAAGCCUUUCUCUUGCAAGUUUUGUGAUCAGGGAUUUGCCAGUAAGAGGAGCCUAUCAAAUCAUAUUGGCUUCAAACAUGAGAAUACUACAAAGUUUAAGUGCUCCAUAGGAGAAUGCACCAAGACAUUCCCCACUGCUAUGAUGCUGGAGUUCCACCUACUAAAGCAGCACACAGGCCACACGCCAUAUGUUUGUCACCACUGUUCCAGAGGAUUCUUCAGAACAAGUGAUCUGUCCCGUCACCUCAGAGUCAGUCAUAUGGAUACUCUUCGUACUGUAGACCCUCAAAUUUCUAAACCUCAGCUGUCAGAAUCACCUAUAAUGCAGAAUAAUAUUGUGUAGCCAUGGAUAGUAGUGGCAUAACAAUGGAUAUUAGAAGUAUACCUACCUUAUACCCAUAAUUAUGUAAAGUAAUAACUUGCCAUGAUGGCAGGGUGGUAUUAGUUAUUUGGGACCAUUGAUUGUUGAAUGUCAGAUAUUUAAUAAAGAAUCUCACAAUGAUGUAGACAGAAAACAUAUUUCAACUAUGCUGUGUUAUAUAUCUUGUUGAUUUUCAUUAAUUACAUAGCUUGAGUUGAAGCAAUCUAAAAAUAUGUGCCAUAAUGAAUUAAAAUUAGAGAAUACUUUGUUUAGUUAGAACAUAAGUUAAAUGUGACAUUGUACAUUUUUGUUACACAAUGUAUCAUAAAGGCAGUCAACAAGUCGAAA